AAGUUGUCGGUCAGUUCUAUAAUGCGCAACCAAAAUGGUUCCUGUCAGAGCUGAAGAUCAGACUUAGGGGGUCACGUGCUCGCUUGGCGCGUAUAGACUCCUCCCAUGCGCAGAGACGUACGUGAGGUGGUCCUAUGGGUUGUCUUUUCUCAAGAUCAGCUGCACACGAGGAAGAAAGAGACGGAAGCAGCUCUGCUGCGAAAACUGCUUACAGCUGGGACAACAGGCAAAAAGUUGACCCAAGUCAGUACACUGUGGCUGAUCUCGAAGGCGGUUGCAGUGGACGGAUGCCGGGUGAAGUUAACGGCCAACAGCUUAUUAUCCGAAAUUGCAAGAAUGCAGCUGUAUAUGUUCUUGAUAACUCGGCUACAGUGACAAUUGAUGACUGUGUGGGGAGUACUAUAAUACUUGGACCAGUGAAGGGAAGCGUAUUUGUAAGAGAUUGUAAAGAAUGCAAGUUGUUGGUUGCUUGCCAACAAUUCAGAACUCGAGACUGCAAAAGGAUUCACAUCUUUCUUAGCUGUAAAUCUCAACCUAUUAUUGAGGCAUCUACUGAAAUGUACUUUGGCUGUUAUCAGUGCUAUUACUCAGAGCUGUCGAGCCAGUUUGAUAGAGCAGAUCUGAAUGUUUUUCAUAACUGUUGGGACAGUGUUCAUGACUUUACACCAGUGCAAGAGGAAACAAACUGGGGCCUUAUACCCAGAAAUGUUGAAGUUGGCCAACACAUUUCUGUUCCAUCACAGGCUCCAUAUUCAAAUGUUGGGAUUUCAUAUGAUGCCCGAAAGAGUGUAGUUCCACUGACAAGUGGGGGACCAGUUGAUGGGACACAUGAUCAGGAACAUUGUCUUGUAGUACUUGACUCUGCAAUGGACAAGAAUAGUGUUCAUCAUCUGGUUCAAGAACUUUCUCUACAGGGAUUGAUGCUGGUGCGAAUGAAAUGCUUUGAGUUGGACUGUGAAGGUGUUAGAACUCUAUUUCCUGCAGCAGAAAAGUCAGCAUGGGGAAGUAUUAUAGCAUUAGACCUAUGUGGUGUUAAUGCCAUUACUAUUAGUCACCAAGUGACAUCUGACAAUGUACAUGUGAAGUUUAAAUCACUUGAUUCUGACAAAGGAAUGAGUGAUGUUGAAGCCUUGUUUAACUUAUCCGACUUUAACAUGAAUUAGUGUGUUUUAAUGUCACAUUGUGUCUACUCUAGUGGUGUUGGUAGCCAUUCACUUGUAAUUAUUUGUUAUAUUUGCAUUUUAUCAUUUAGUAUUUAUGUGAGUAGUUUUUAAUGAUGUGUCUCUAAGCAUUUCUUUAGCAACCUUCGCUGAA